UAGGGCUGCUACAAACCCUGAGCAAGGCGUCGGAGGAGAGGUUUGGAUCUGACCGAAAUUGAAAGAGGGCCCACCAGCCAGAGAAGAAAGUGCAAUAGACGAGUGAGAAUUUUUGUCCAGACACGGAAAGUCAAGGAAAUAUGUUCUGGGGGCAGAUGAUGCAAGGGACACGCCUUUCUUCACAUUCGUUACUUCAGUCCAACUGCCAUCGUCCAUGGAAGUUCACCGACGUCCACUUGGAAGUGCCGUAUCAACCAAAUGGCAGUGACGCCAAUCGAUCCCUUCGCAGAGGAGAAUGUUCGUGAUCCCUCGGACAAGCUAUCACCGACCCGAGGCAUUCUAGUGGUCCAGAGGCGCAUGGCCGCGGGCGGAUUCUCAUCGUCGACGCAGAAUGCGACUUUUGCUGCGUUUACGUUAUCUCCAAAUUCGAGCACUCGACCCCAACACUCCACUGUUCGAACGCGUGAACCGACCAAUCCAGGAUAUCACAAUUAAUGUUUAUCCCAAGUAAAAUUAGGCUUGACUAUUCGCAUAUUCGUAUACCUCGACCUUCCGAAAAUAUCAUCUAUUGCUGUGUAGAGGAUUAUCAGAGAAAGGUUCCAUGAAGUCGGAUUUAUGCCGUCACCCUUCGGUCGAAUCGGGGGCUUCGCCUUUCUGAGAGCAUGACCUCGUCUUCCCUUAUACCCUACAAGGGUAUAAGGGAAGACGUAAAACCGUAGAACAUGGAGUUCGGAAAGGCGAGAGAGACGACGGGAAACGGGCUCACAUUACUCAUGUCGCGUAAUUGCAUCGGUUCGUUCCUUUCCUUUCAUCUGAACAUCGCCAAAUCAAACGAAAUGGUGAGCAAGCUAUGGAACCCAUCGUAGACUGACGUAGAGUACAAAGCGGAGGCAGCCAAGUGACGAAAGCCAAGCUGGCGUCAGGUCAGCGAGCAGGAUGAGGUAUUGGAUCUCAGUUAUUAUGUUACUUGGCACCCCGCUAUGAAUAAAUAUAUAAAUAUCAUAGUUGUUGGUGGAAGAAUCUUCUUUAGUUUGGACCACGUUGCAUAGAAAGGGCUCGAGUGAAUAGCCAAAACGAUGGGAAGACGACCAUGUUGCAGCCUCUUACUUUCUUCUGGGCGGGCGGGACAGAGCUUCGAAAUCUCGAAUGGCCGUGGGAUGUUUGUCCACCUUGGAAUAAGACAUAUAUUCUGUUAGUUGCACCAGGAACACCGAACAACAUAUUCAAUUUAUGACGUCCUCUACAUGGAAAAGUUCUAGCAAGAAAACUUCUCGACUUCAUCGGUCUCUCUAUGUCUAGUGUGAUAUUCAAGGUAUUAAUGCUAUUGUCCACGACCGGG